AUGAAGUUCGCCGUAUUUCUCCUUGUCUUGGCAUGUGUUUGCGCUGUCGCCCUAAGCGCUCCUCGUAAAAGGAGGUGCAGACGCGAAGGUGAGAACGGCAACGGCAAUGGCAACGGUGAGAACGGCGAUGACAAUGGCAACGGUGAGAACGGCAAUGGCAAUGGCAACGGUGAGAACGGCAAUGGCAACGGUGACAACGGCAAUGGAGAAUGUGACGAAGGGAACAAUGAUGACAAAUAUGAUGACUCGAACGACAACGGUAACGGCAAUGGCAACGGUAAAGACAACGGAAAUGGCAACGGCAAUGGCAACGGUGAAGCAGUUUCCCAGCGAGCGUAA